AUGAGCGCCACGUAUCCUGAAUGCCAAACGGACAUUAGGUACAAUGAAUACUACGAUAGCAUCACGGGAUAUGGUUAUCAAGAUGAAAGGUACGGCCAGGACGAAGAGGAUAGACAAUGGGACAGUGGAGGGAAGUGGUAUCUAGGAACUAGUACCUAUUAUGAGAAUAAACGGAAUAGAAAAACGCUUCCACAGAGGCCUGCAUCUAGUAUCGGUAUUCAUCGACCCGAUUACAGACCAACGGUUACCAGACAACGCAGUUACGAAUCGGAGGAACUCAAUUAUAGUGGUCAUAGCACUCGUCGUCGAAAACCGCUUCAACCGCAACAACGACCACCGUCUAGGCAAGAAGGAACGGGUAAAAAACUACCUCCGACACCAACAAAGCCAAGCAAUGUUAUUAUCAAUCGUAUGCUUGCCACAUCGAGCAGGCAACUGCCAAAGACUAGAACUCCUUCCGAGGAGAGCUAUCACAAGUCUGACUACAACGAGGACUAUAAUUACGCUUAUCGCAGCCAAGAUAAUUUACCUCAGGAUACCUACAUUGACAGUAUAUAUAGCGAGCAAAGUGGUUACGACCAAGUGCACGCGCCUGGCAAAACUCAAUAUGCUGAGGAUAGUCAAUACGGGUCCAGUUACACGCCCCAGGUCGAUGACCAGUAUGGUCGUUCGUAUCAAGAGCCACAGACACAGGAUACGUACGAUCAAUCGUAUUUACAAAACUCGUAUAAGGACGAGUUUCAAAAGCCUUACGUGGAACAGAACACUCAGGUUUAUCAGGAUACGUAUCAAGAUAUAACAUAUCCGAACGCGAGCCAACCGAAUGAUCAAUACACUAGCCAACCGAACGAUCAAUACAGGAAAAUGAGCAGAGAUAUGAUAAUAGACGACAAUUACCAGGUGAUGGGUGGUUACGAUCAGAACAACGUUCAAUAUCAGGACAGGAAGAAAGUAUCUACCUAUAAGAACACGUAUCAAGAGCAAUACGAUGGUUACAACGUGCCGUCGAGCGUAUACGACCAAAAUAACGUGACAAAUACGUACAAUCAAUACCAACAAGAGCAAUACGAUUCUCAGUACAAUAUAAACACGUCGACUGAUUACCAGAAGACAUAUCCGGAUACGUAUAAUCAAGAAACGUACAACGCGAAAGCCUAUAACCAGGAGACUUACAAUCAGGACACGUAUAUUCAGGACACGUAUAAUCAAGAAACGUAUCAUCAGCAAGAAGAAACCUACAACCAGCAAGAUACGUACAAUCAGGUGGUGCCCAUUUCGCAAAGUAAUUACGAGGAUAGUUACAGCAAACCCCAGAAAGAUUACGUUAAUUAUCAAACACCGUAUAGCAAAGAGGAGACUGUUAACAUGACGUACGAGAACGAUUAUCAGGAUCAGUAUCAAGAGCCUUACGAAGAUUCUUAUCACGAAUCUUAUCAGGAAUCGUUCGAGGAACAUUACAAAGAGAGUCCAGCUGCCAGCACGGAGAGAAGAGCAAGCGAAGUCCCGGAAUUAUCGGUGACCACGCCACGGGGUCAGACGAGAACGAAUGGAUAUCAGUCGAGCGAAUCGGAUUAUUAUCUGAUGUCUCAGGAAAGUCAGGACGUGUCCUCGACUACCGGUGUAUCGAGAAAGAAGAAGCACGAGAAACGUGAACCUAGCCCUCUCGUCCAGCAAAACACCGAUUCCUUGGAAUCCAAAGACGACGAGUUGAAGGAAAUCGAAACUGCCGUGAGUUCUUCUAUUAGUAGCAUCCCACAGAAGAAAGGAAUCGGUGAUUAUCCGACACCUGUCGACUCAAGUUCCGUUGCCCCUACUUUGAUCGAAUCUUCCCAAAGCAGCCUUCAGCCCGUCACAACGAUGGUCAAUCACGUGACAGCCAAUCAUAUUCCAACGAGUAUGACGGUGACGGCAAUGGUUCACACAACGGGUAAUGGGAAACGAUUGACUAGAACCGAGUCGUAUCAGGAGGAAGUGAUGGAGGACGAAGAGUAUCCGGAAAUCAUACCGAAAGAACCGCAGAGGAAAGACUCGCAGUUAUCGUAUCAGAGUCAACAUUCUUCCCAACACAGCGUGCAUUCUCAGAAACCAAAAUUGACCAGAGGUGAUUCUUACGCCUCCGACCACUUCCCCGAGGAAUCGUACAGCAGGAGGAGUUCGUACGCGCAGUCAACGAGGAAAGAUUCUUUCUCUUCGACCACGCAAGAGAACUUUAAACCGCCCCUCACCAGAACGGACUCGUAUCAAAACAGAGGUAGCUACGGGCAGAACUUCAGCGCUCCUCAACCUAUUUCCAGAGCUGAGAGUUAUCAGCGCGGAUAUUUCAAUGACCAAAAGUCUGUGGAGGAACCGGAAGUUAGCCUGAGCAAUGCGGUGAACGACGAUUACAAGAUGAGGGAGGAAUCUCUUGAAAGGUACGACGAUGAACCAAUGCUUCGUGAUUCUCGGGAGGAUUCGUUGAUGGACACGUACAAAGCUACACCGCCGAUGUCGCACACGGAUAGCCCGCGUGGAAGCAUAACGAAACAAGCGUCUUUAGAAGAAAGUGUUCAAAUGGAUACUCCACCCAGGAGUCCACCGGAACCACCACCGGAUAAGGAGCUUCUAGAGAUGGUUGGAGCUGCACCAGUGCCUACACAGUUGAAAGAAAGACCAGAGAUGACGGCAAAGCAGCGAUGGCAUUGGGCGUAUAAUCAAAUAGUGAUGCAACUACGGAAGUAA